AUGGACAACGUAUCCCAUUUUACCACUUUCACUCUUUCAGGACUGAAUGAAUCAGUCACAAAUAAAUAUAUCUAUUUUGCCCUAACACUUCUUUGGUACCUUGUGAUCAUUAUUGUUAAUUUGACAUUAAUUGCAUUAAUUCUUCUGGAGAAAACCCUGCAUGAACCAAUGUACAUCUUCCUCUGUAAUCUGUGUGUUAACGGACUGUAUGGAACUGCUGGCUUCUGCCCUAAACUCCUGGCUGAUUUUCUCUCUGACACUCAUGUCAUCUCAUACACUGGAUGUCUCCUCCAAACAUUUGUUAUCUUCUCUUACUCUUUGUGUGAAUUUACCAAUUUAACAGUGAUGGCCUAUGACAGGUAUGUGGCAAUAUGCAAACCCUUGCACUACAAUUCUAUCAUGACACCUCUAACUGUAGGCAAGUUAUUGCUUUUUUCUUGGAUUUUUCCCUGCUUUUCUGUGACAUUUACUAUUUUAUUGACUAUUGGGCAGCCAUUUUGUGGAAAUCACAUUGAAAAGCUCUACUGUGACAACUGGUCCCUUGAGAGACUAUUGUGUAAAUUCUCAACAGUGAGCAUUGUAUUUGGGCUUAUACAAAUGGCUUGCUUUAUAGCUCUUGUGUUAUUUAUUUUUUAUUCAUACAUAAAAUUAAUUGCUGCAUGCAGACGAUCUCAAGAAGACCGAAGUAAAUUUAUGCAUACUUGUUUACCACACUUGAUAACUUUCUUGAACUUUAUAAUUGCCACACUUUUUGAUACACUAAACACACGAUUUGGGGAUCAGGAAAUGUCCCAGAGUUUGAGAAAUUUAAUGUCUGUGGAAUAUCUGAUUGUUCCCCCUCUUUUCAAUCCCAUCAUAUAUGGUUUAAAGCUGAAUCAGAUCAGGAAAAAGGUGCUGAGAAUGCUGUGUAAUCAUAAGAUUGCUCAAAUCUAA